AAACCUUCACCUCUCUCUUAUUUGCUUAUUUAAUCGCUUAUAAUCAAUGACUGCAACUAACAUAAAAAAUUUACUUUGAAAAAAUAGAAAGAUGCUGUUGAGAAAUUCAUGAAGCAAUUGGAAGAAAGAAGGAGUAGUCAGCCACAAUUCAACUUGCUAACUCCCAUAGAGUCAAUCUUUAAAGAUGGUGCUCAACUAAGAACAGUGCAAGAAGCACCACAACAGAAUAUUGCUUCGGUUGAUUGUGGACCUGUUGUUUGUUAUGUCAUCAAAAAGAUUGCAGAGCUUGAAGAAAUACCACAAAAGAUUGAAAAAGAAGAUGUUUCAGCUUUUAGAGUGCAUUUGGUCCACAAGAUUUUACAUGAUGAGCCAAGAUCAUGGACGAAAGAAACGUGGCAAGACAAAAAACUAGCUCACGAUUUUACUUCUGAUCAGUAGAGAAAUCUGGAUUCAGCACUGGUUUAGGAGCAAAUUCUCCUCUUUUGUUUAGGAACA